CUGACGGUCACUAGCUCGCGGGCGCCUUUGUCUCUUCCUCUCUUCCUCCGACGAUCGCUCAGGGACCUCAAGCAUGACGAGCAAUGGUUUAGCGAACGCGCAAGGCUCAGGACACGUCCUUCCGAGCGGGAGAAGGCGCCCCAUGUGCUCAAAGUGCGGCACGCCCAUGCUCGGUCACAAGAACGGACGCAAGGUCGAGGAGGGUAUCCUCAUCUGCCCCCCAGGGGACGACGUGAAGGAGGAAGACGUGAAGCCAGUCAUCCCGUCCGAUGUGCCACUCGACCUCAAGACCUCCUACCCUGGUCACCUCCAAGCAAGGACGUACCACAGCGCACCCCCUUCACCCGAUAGAGCAGCGGAGGCAUCCUCUCGAGGCCGCAGAUCCAGCGCGCUCGAGCUCAAGGAUCACCGCGGCUUUCUCCGCACGCGCCUCACCCUGCCUCAGGACUAUGUUCUCGACCUCCAGAAGCGACCCUGGGAGAUGGGGUCCCCCGCGCAGCGGACCAUCGCCGAGAACGACAAGCUCAUCAGCGUACUGGACGACGUCGCGCGGCACGGUGGCGUGUACAUCAUGCCGUACAAUCUCCAGACCGUGCAGAUCACCUCCGUGCGCGACCUCGCGGCAAAGAUGGGGCUGUUCACGCGGCUGGAGGCGGUACCGCCCGCGUACGUUGAGGAUGGGAAGAGCAUGUUCGUGAUCGUUGGGGACAGGAAGGAGCAGGUGUUCGCCAAGGACGUGGUGGAUCGGCAUCUCCGGCUAUGGGACAAGAAUGAGAUGCCGGGCAGCAUCUCGAAGCAUCGCAUGUUAGAGGAGAAGCAGGUGGCUCGGCCUCGUCAUGCUCGACCGGCGUUGGUGGUGGAUAGGUUCUUCAACGUCCUUCUUUUCUUGUUUCUCGUGUUCCUCUUUGGUGCGGUGUUUGAGUUCUACCUCCUUGCUUCUGCUUGACCUCCUAAUCCUCGAUACGAUCUUGUCCAACUAUCACUCCUUUCUCGAUUCAUGUCAUGGACAUGCGUUGCUUCUUUCUCUCAUUAUAACCCCACCGCCUUCCUCACUACGUUUUUGUCGCAGUGCUCUGCCUAUGCAUGUUUCGUUUACUGCUUUUAUGGUCUAUGUAUCCUGCUGCCGUCUAGUUCUUCCGAGUUUUAUGCAUGCCAUUCCCUUCUAUGCAAUGUGCCUUUCGACUUUCA